AUGGCAGAGGCACCAGGAUCGUUAAGGGAUGGCGAAAUAGCCAGAGCUGGAAGCUGCAACUUCAUCCCGAGUGGGAACGACAUCGAAACGUGGAAGAGACAGCGCAAAGCGACACGUAAGCAAGUAACUACAACCUGUCGUCAAAUUGAUUCGCUGAUUAUUUCACACGGAUCACGAGGCUCCAUCAUGGGACUGAUCGAUCACCUAGGGUUGUUGUCGAGCACGACGACUCGUCUACACACAGACCUACUGAACGCGGAGACCGAUAAAACAGAAAAUGAGAGACAAGACGCGAUCCACCUACGCUACAUUCAGCAAAUAGGCGAAACUCGGGAAUCAGCCCGACAGUAUUUGGAAUCAAGAGCCAAUGAACCGCCUUCAGAAAUUCGCGUAAUCGCGGCGCAACCCGUUUACUCGUUAGCCCCGUCGUUAAUUGGCGAACGACCCGAGGUAGCAGGAGCAGCAGAGCUCGCAGUCGCCCAACAGAGAGCCCAUGAAGCCCGAAUGCAAGCAGAUGCCGCACGUGCAGCAGCGGAGGAGGCAGAAAGAGAUCUGCAGCGAUUAAGCAUCGACGAUCGAGAAAGCUUUAGUUCCGCCCACUACUACAACCCGAUCGCAACACGAAACGUCGCCGACUGGCUCCUCCAUCCCCGAACAAAAUUCGCGCAACCUCCAGCAACUAACGUAGAAGCACCAGACGACUGGAUAGACGCGUACUGUUCCGGUACACUGCCACCGACGGCCAGUCAACGAAAGUUUCGCUCAACAGUAGCGGUAGAAUUAGACGUUUUCCAUGGUAAAUCUCUUGAAUGGUUCACAUGGAUCGACUUAUUCCGUGCGCUAGUGCACGAUACGGCGAAUACGCCCGGCGAGAAGUUAGCGGUGCUAAAACGGUACCUGCGGGGCAACUGCCUGGAUGUGAUCUACGGCUUGGGCGGCGGGGAACCAGCUUACAUGGAAGCACUUACACGUUUGAAGCAAACUUGCGGUAGGCGAGACGUCAUGCGAGCCGCUCAUCUUCAAGCCCUGGACCAGUUGGAGAUCAAGCAAGACCCGGCAACCUUCAAACGAUUCGCAGAAAAGGUUCGAACCCACCUUUUCGACCUUAGUAGAAUCGGCGAAACGUCGUCAGCUGACCAGAUAGAAAGAGUCUGCCAGAGACUUAGCCUACACGAUCGUCUCGCCUGGAACGAGGGGAGACGAGGACAAAUAGAACAUCGGAGCUUGAAUGCCUUUGGCUCCUGGCUCUGUAAUCGUGCAUCCGCCUACCAAAAUGCUUACACCCUGGCCGCUGAACAACACGGUACUUCGAAUACGAAUGGACGUUUUCGUCAAGCACGGACUCACCAAAGCUCGUCACGUCCAUCAGAGGAAGAAACACCCAAGAAACCCAGUUGGGCCUAUUGCUUGAAAUGUGGAAAGGAGCACCGAUUAGCAGACUGUGAAGACUUCAAGGCAAUGGCCGUUGGGGAGCGUGUCACGUUCUGUAUGAGGCAUCGCCUAUGUUUCAGCUGUUUUGGAACGAAACAUUCCGCGAGCAACUGUACCACCAAGAGAGCUUGCAGACAUCAAGAUUGUCCAUAUUCGCACCACCCAUUGCUGCACGACUCCAUCAAGGUUUCGACGAAUAAGGCACGCUCUACCACCGCGCGGAUGAAUCGACAACGGGUGGCCUUAGGCAUGAUGCGGUUGAAGAUCCAGGCGGCGGAUGGAACUUGGCAAGAAGCCAACGUCUUCGUCGAUGAGGGUAGUGAUUCCACGCUCAUGAGAAGUGCUUUCGCCACUUCCCUCAAGAUUCAGGGUACCCCUCAAAUUCUUGAAAUUGAUGGGGCCGGAGGCGUAGUAAACCAGUACAGAUCCAGACGCAUCCAGUUCCAACUACGCACAGAGACGGACGAAAUCGUCACUUUAGAAAGUUCCACCAUGAAGGUGGUGGCCAGCCCAACGCCAGUCACCGAUUGGAAUCGGAUGAAGAAAGAAUGGGCCCACCUUAGAGAUUUACCUACCGGAGAAGUCGGGGGAAGGGUAGACCUUUUAAUCGGUACUGACCACAUCCACCUGCUAGGAGUUAAAGAAACUAGAGAAGGCAAAGACUACGAACCAAUUGCCUCUCGGACAAGGCUCGGCUGGAUCAUCCGGGGAGUUACCAACAAACACACAACCGUCACAGCAGUUCGUGCCUGCACCAUUUCCGGUCGCAUUUCCCUAGAAGACGUCGCGGUAGAGAUGCGUCGCUUUUGCGAUUCGGAAAACUUCGGUACAGAAUUCCAAGCGAGAUGCCUCUCCCCAGAUGACAACAGAGCUCUGUCAAUCGUGAAGGAAAGAAUCCGUAAGCUCGAUACUGGUUAUGAAGUGCCGAUCAUCUGGAGAGAAGGAGAACCGAAUCUCCACAACAAUCGUCUGUUAGCCGAAAACCGGCUUAAGAGUUUGUUGAGAAGAUUCGACCGAAACCCGAAAUUUGAAGAAGAUUACCGGAGGGCGAUGCAAAAGACAUUCGACCAAGGAUACGCCUCCCGGCUUUCGGACCCGGCCUCUGCCAAAUACUUCCUUGCACACCACGGGGUGUACAAAGGGUCGAAACUACGAGUCGUAUUCGACGCUGCCGCUCCCUUUAGAGGGAAAUCACUGAAUGAUGCUAUUUUAAGUGGGCCGGCCCUGCAACCAGCGUUGGCAGCCGUCAUCAGCCGAUUUCGGCAGGAAGAAGUCGCAUGGGCUUCCGAUAUUGAAGCCAUGUUCAGCAGGUUCCGCUUGGCGUCCAGUGACGCUGACUAUUUCUGUUUCCUAUGGCGAGACAAGGAAACAGACGAACCGACAGUUUGUAGGAUGAACCGUUUACCCUUUGGAGCAAGCUGUUCGCCGUUUGUUGCCAUCUACGCGGUCCGUCAAAUCGUCAAGGAUGCCGGGGUAGCAGAACAUAUUGUCACCGCUGUCCAAGAACGGAUGUAUGUAGACGACUACUUAAGCUCAGCUCCAUCCGUCGUAGAAGCCCUGAGUGAAGCCACCGCUGUCAAGGCAGCACUAGCGAACGCCGAUCUCAACUUGCAACGGUGGAUCUCUAACUCGCGCGAAUUCGUGUUAAGAAUAACAACCGAAGUCCCCAUGGAUCAACCGUCAUCGCACCCGUUGUCCGGAGAUGCGGAGGAAAAGGUGCUCGGCGUCGUUUGGAACACCCAUUUGGAUACACUCGGGUUUAAGGUCGCAAACUUCCCCGACACCGAGUUUACUCGUAUGGCCUUAGUCAGCAACGUAGCUAGCGUUUUCGACCCUCUGGGAACUGCCUCUCCACUUAUCGUGAGAGCCAAGAUCCGCCUACGAGAACUAGGCCUAAAGGGUUUGAGUUGGACGGAUGCUGUAGCCGAAGACGACCAGACAUGGUGGAACAAGUGGUUCGUUCCAUCCAUCUCUCUGAAGAUGAAUGGCCCGUUGAUCUACCAUGGAUGGUCAGUACGGAAGAAAUUCGGAUGA